UGCAUGCAGGAGAAACAUCCAAAGGAAUUCCUAACUAUGUCUCCACCUUGUAGAGGAUCAUCUUCUUAUGAACAUACUGUUCAGGCCUCUGCCACUCGUUUCAGGGAUCUUUGUACCCAGAGCAGCCACUGCCCUCCUUUUUCCUCCAACAAGUGAUUUGUGUCACUAGAACAGCAUUGGAAAAAAUAUCAGACAAAAGAUCCUUCAGUUCAGAGUUUCAAAUCACUUCGCACUCUGCCCAUUUUUUACAGCCACUCAUAAUGUGUGGGACAAUCGAGUGCUGCAGGACCCCAAAAGCUGGGCUUCUAUCAGGACAGUGUGUCACAUCCCAAGGCACUUGCAAAUAAAGAAAAUUUAAACAAUUUCAGUCCUUCAAAGCUCAAAUGCUUCAAAGCAGGAAACAUUCAUGCAAUAGCCUGUAGAAAUGGCCUUAAGACAUACUUGCCCAACUGUGUUUUUAUGGGGCCUACUAGAUGAAGUCCCUUCAGCAUAAGAUUUGAUACAUCUGUGGACUUUGCUGGGUUUGCUUGCCUGAUAUCCAAUGAAUCCAUCUAAAGCUCAGGUCCCCCCUAGUGUUUCCAGAACUUGGUAGGACAUCUACAAAAGCCAGAAUAAAAGUUAUAAUAUUAAGACAUUUGUGAAGGAAGUUGUGAUGCCACAGAGAAUCCCAUUCAGGAGAAAAGUCUCUGGAGUGUUUCUGGCCUCCUGAAAGUAGUUAAGAUUGGGAGUAUUUCCUUUAGAAUCCCCAGUUUUAUUUUCCAGAGAAAAAGAGCUUCAGAGUCCUAGAUGAUUUGCUGAGAUGCGUAAAGGUGAGCCUCAGGGUCCUUGUUCCCUUCCAAGAAGCUAAUUCAUCAGGAGGAUGACCCUGUCAGUCCACACCUCCAGAAAAUGUUACCAGAGCUAGAGUGAUCCUAAAAGCAUCACAAAGCUCCCCUGCAUAAGGUUUGCCAGGGUGUCUCUGGUCUGUAGUUCGUGCUGGGCUCUGUAUUUCACAUACCCAGAGCCCUCACAAAAGGCACGUCUGUCUCUUAACUGUCUCUUCUCUCCCUGCAGCUUCUCACCCAGUGUCAGCAGCGACCUUGUAGUGAAUGGAGAACUUGUUUGCUCAAGGCUGUCUCUAAGUGAGCCGAGUGCUGUUUCCAUGCCAAACCCUGACGUGAUGGGCAAUUGGGCACCUCAGAUUAGGAGGGCUGGGACACUGCUUUGAUGUUGCAAACAGAUUGCUAACUGAUCCUGCAAGGACACUGCCCGUUGCCCUCUUCCCUGCCUCUGCUAUGAACACUUCUGCUUUCAGCCUCCCCACACCAGCAGUGUUGGAGGAGGAGAAUGCCUCUAGCAGCUGGGAAGGCUUCACCACCCCCAACAGCUCCACCACCGUCAGCCCUGGUGUAGUUGUCAGCGGUGUCCUCAUCCCCGUGGUCUACCUCAUUGUCUGCGUGGUGGGGCUGGUGGGGAAUUCUCUGGUCAUUUAUGUGGUCCUACAGCACUCUGUGAGUGAGUCGGUGACCAACGUCUACAUCCUGAACCUGGCCCUAGCUGAUGAGCUCUUCAUGCUGGGCCUGCCAUUCCUGGCUGCACAAAAUGCCCUCUCCUACUGGCCGUUUGGUUCUUUCAUGUGCCGCCUGGUGAUGGCCGUGGAUGCCAUCAACCAGUUCACCAGCAUCUUCUGCCUGACGGUGAUGAGUGUUGAUCGCUACUUGGCCGUGGUCCACCCAGGGAAGUCCUCCAAAUGGCGGACAGCACGGGUGGCCAAGGCUGUGAGUGCAACGGUGUGGGUGCUGUCUUCCAUAGUCGUGCUGCCCGUGGUUGUCUUCUCGGAUGUCCCUUUAGGGAUGAGUACGUGCCACAUCCAGUGGCCAGAGCCAGCCUCGGUGUGGAGGGCUGGCUUCAUCAUCUACACUGCUACGCUGGGCUUCUUUGGACCACUGCUGGUGAUUUGUCUCUGCUAUCUUCUGAUUGUUGUGAAGGUUCGUUCCUCUGGCAGGAGGGUGAGGGCUCUGUCCUCCAAGCACAAGCUUUCAGAGCGCAGAGUGACCCGCAUGGUGGUGACUGUUGUGGCUGUCUUCGUCCUUUGCUGGCUCCCCUUCUAUGUCCUCAACAUAAUCAAUGUUGUCUGCCCACUGCCAGAGGAGCCAUCCCUCUUUGGCGUCUACUUCCUCGUGGUGGUGCUGCCGUACGCCAAUAGCUGUGCCAACCCUAUCAUCUAUGGCUUCCUCUCCUACCGCUUCAAGCAGGGCUUCCGGAGGGCCAUCUUUAGACCAUCCCGCCGAGUCCAGAGCCAGGAGGUGCCAGCAGGCCCCCCGGAGAAGACUGAUGAUGAAAGGGAAGAGGGUGAGAUCAGCAAGAUCACCCAGAAUGGAAAUGGCAGGCAGGAGCGCCCUCUAAGCAGUGGAGAAGGAGAGAACAAUGAGCAAAAACCACUCCCUGAGGAGCCUGUGGGAUGUGAAAAGAGCAACAAGUUGCAUGUCAGUUAUUUAUGAUGAAAGGGAUGGUGCAGGGGAAAGAGACAUUGGAACAUGAUGUCCCCUUCACCUUGUCUGCUUUUCCACCUCAAAGGCAAUGGGAGACAUCGAUACAAAGGCGUAUUAAAGUCCAAGAGUCUGUUUAAGGAUGAAGAGGGCUCCAUGAACUUGUAGAAAAAGCGAGGCAUUUUUCUUGGCUUUGGAAAAGACAUCUGAGGUUUAUGUGGUACUGGGUAAAGAAUGGACUGUAUCCAGGGGAAGCUGAAGAGGUGCUGGGCACUGACAGUACAGAGAGAGCAGGAUCAGGCCUAGAUUGCAUGAUCUGUCCUUAGAUGACCCAGCUGUGGAGGGCAUCACUGCCAUCUGAUUAUGGCACUCCAAGGAAGUUCCCAAAUGGCAUAUACUACAUGUAGGCAUCCCAGUGCCUUGAUUAUCCUCCUUAUAAACACGAGAAGUGGUUUACCCUGAAAAACAAGCAGGAAGGAAAAAUGUCUGCAGCAAAGACAUACCAGCCAGUUGCAUGCAUAGCUGGCCCCUCUCUAGCUCUUAAAAAUGUCUUGGGGACAGACUUCCUGCCCACGCUGGCUGUGGCUGAAGACCACUAAUUGCUUCUCUUUCUUUUCAAGGCUCUCAUGGACUACAGGCAGGCUGAUGAGACUUACCUGGGAGAAAAAAAUAGAACAUUUCUUUGCUGCACCUCACAUUCUUCAGGGUUUUCCUGGUGUCUCUGCACCCCGGUGGGAGAUGUAACAAAGGUAGAGAAAAAGACAAUGCAACAUGAAUCAGAGGCAGUGUUUCUUGCAAGCUGAAAUGCCCUUUCCUUUUCCUCUCCCUAAGCCUUACUGUAAAUAAACAAAAAGCCUUUGGACUUAAAAGGUCAACAGGGAAGAACCAUUCUGUGUGUUGAGGGGAGGGGGUGCUACAGAUUUGUCUCUCUGAGAAUACACAAUGUCUUUGGGUUGAGUUGAUCUCUACAUGGAGUACUGUUUGGCUGACACAAGAGAUCAAGGCAUCUAUCAGUAGAGGAUGCGGGCAGGAAGCAGAGGGAGGUCGGGAGAUCUCCAGUGUAUAUUAGCUAUGGUCGCAGAGAGUCUGUGCAAUACUAGGAAUUGAUUCGUCUUGUGGGAAAUGGUAGAGUAUUUGGUUCAGAAUGGUGAAGAAAUUAUGUUGAUGUGUUUGCAUGUGCACAGAAAUUGUUGUAUGCAAAAGUUUAUUUCCUGGACUGUACAUCUAUGAGAAUGGCUGCAGAGGAUGGGAGACAGAGGAGUCAGGCUGGUGGGAGAUGCUAGUGGGUUGGGCACUGAUGCUAACCUGUGUGAUGUAUGUAAAUGUGUACAGGGAUACAUGACGGGGUAUGCAUGUGUAUAAGUGUAUACAAACACAGAUGAGGGAGUGUGUUGAUGCAACUGUGGAAUGUUUCAGUGCAGGUACAGUUUUGCAGGCAUGCAAGUAUUUAUGGAAAUGUGUGCGCACAUGUGAAUGCUUGGGUAAGAGUGUGAGAGUAUGUGUGCUGCUGAGAGGGUUAGACCAGUGCUUGCUCCUGUGCAUUCGUUGUUGGAGGGAAGC